GUCAGCUUUCUCUCUUGAAUUAGGGCUGGUGCUUGUGAUAUCGAAGGGCACGGAAGCGGGUCGGCAUAAUGGAUGAGAGUCCUGAGACUAGCCGCUCUGGCCACCCCAAUUCAUUAGAUAUUGAGAAGCUAUUGUUAGAAGCACAGCAUCGGUGGUUAUCCCUAGCUGAAAUAUGUGAAAUUCUUCGGAAUUAUAAGAAAUUGCGGAUUGCCUCAGAACCCUCUAAUAAGCCACCAAGUGGUUCAGUUUUUCUUUUCAAUCGAAAGGUGACAAAAAUUUUUAGAAAAGAUGGACAUAAUUGGCAAAGGAAAGAGAAUGGAAAAUUGGCAAAGGAAGGUCAUAAGAAGUGCAAGGCUGGAAGUAUUGAUGUUUUGCAUUGCUACUAUGCCCUUGGGGAAGAGAAUAAAAAUUUUCAAAGACGUUGUUAUUCAAUGCUUGAAAAGGACUUCUCCCACAUUGUUCUUGUCCACUACCUAGAAUUAACGGAUCAUGCCAAUAUAUGGUUAGAGAUAUACUACCAGGCAGUUAAUGUUGGGGCUACCUCUCUACUAUCCUUAGCUUAAUAGGGUCUUACUCUUGGAUUCCAACAAAGCAUAUCUUUACUCCCAUUUCCUUGGUCCUGGCUUUAUGUCUUUCAAUUCUUCAAUCAUGUUCUUUUUCUGUCUCCACCAUUUAUUUUUCUUUACUCUUUUCAGUGUCCUUAUUCUGAACCAUCCCAGUGAUUGAAGUUGAGUUGUCCUUUAAGAGAAUAGUUGUUUUCAUAGGAGUGAUAAAGAUGUUCCGAUUUGUCAAGUGCCUGAUUUCUGCUAUAUUUUUCCUCCCACUCUCUCGUCUUGGUACCUUUUUUUCUUUUUCUUUUUCUUUUUUCUGAUUCAACCUUAUUCUUUUACAACAAAGCCUACCGAUGAUUUAUCUUAUAUCUAAAACCUUCAAUGUCUUCGCUGCAACAAUUCACAAAGGCAAGUUAUAGUGCAGAUGUUCAGAUAUAUUUCUGGAUAAUGAACUGGAUGUUCACAU